ACACACUUCUCCGACGACUCUGACUGCUUUCAGAUCCCGGAAACAUGCCGUUCAAGAGGUACGUCGAGAUCGGAAGGGUCGCUCUGGUCAACUACGGCCCGGACUACGGGAGGCUCGUCGUCAUUGUCGAUGUCAUCGAUCAAAAUCGGGCUCUGGUUGAUGCACCUGAUAUGGUGAGGACCCAGAUGAACUUCAAGAGGCUGUCACUCACUGAUAUCAAGAUUGAGAUCCCCAGGGUGCCGAAGAAGAAGACUCUCAUUGCAGCAAUGAAUGCUGGUGAUGUUAAGAACAAAUGGGAACAGAGUUCGUGGGGAAGGAAGCUGAUUGUGCAGAAGAAAAGGGCUUCUCUUAAUGAUUUCGAUAGGUUCAAGCUCAUGUUGGCCAAGAUCAAGAAAGCUGGAAUUGUCAGGCAGGAGCUAACAAAGCUGAAGAAAUCAAGCGCAGUCUGAAUCUGUUCUCAGUAAUGCAGUCUCGUUCUAAGAUAUGUGGUUGCUUCUGUUUGGAUCCAUAGUAGUAGCACCAUCUUAUUAUCUGGGUUAGGUCAUAGUUAUGAGAGACACUUCUGUUGAAGUGAUUGGCUCGGUAUUUUCUAUAAACAUUGCAUGAGUUGUUUGAAUUGGAAUGGAAGCCGACUUUCCCUCAGGAGUUUAUACCUAGUUUUAUUAUGUUGUUAUUGUUGCAUUUUGUGGGCUAA